AUGUUUGUAGCUCUGAGGAAGAUGGUGGGUUUUCUACAAUCCUUUCUAUGCAGUUGUUCCAUUUCCCUCUUCAUCCUGCCGAUGACUGUGUGUGUUUCAGAACAAUUUAAGGUACUUGGACCCACUCAACCCAUUGUGGCUACACUGGAUAAAGACGUCACACUAUCCUGUCACCUCUCCCCCUUGAUGAGUGCAGAGCACAUGGAUAUCAGAUGGCUUCGCUCCCAGUUCUCUGAAGCUGUAUUUGUGUUUCAAAAUGGGAGGGAGCAAGUUGGAGAACAAAUGGAGGAAUACAUGGGGAGGACAGAAUUUAUAAGAGACUUUAUUGAUGAAGGGAGGGUGGCUGUGAAGAUCUACAAUGUCAAAAUGUCAGACAAUGGAGAGUAUCAGUGCAUUUUUAAGGAAGGUGAUGCAUAUGAAAAGACUGUUUUUGAAGUAAGAGUGGCAAGUCUAGGUUCUGCUCUUCAUUUCCACUUGGAAGGGUAUGAAGAUGGAGGAAUACGGCUGGCAUGCACUGCAGAGGGAUGGUUCCCACGGCCCCAGGUGCAGUGCAGAGACAAUAGCGGAGGGAAGUUACCCUUCCUCUCUGAGACCCAGGUCCAAGAUAAAGCUGGUUUCUUCCAUGUGAAGACAUUGAUUGUGGUCCAAGACAGCUCUGUUAGGAAUGUAUCCUGCUCUAUUCACAACCUGCUCCUGGAUCAGGGGAAAGUGUCAACCAUUGACAUCUCAGAGUCCUUCUUCCCUAAGACUUCUCCCUGGAAGAAAGCCCUGACUGGAAUCUUAGCUGUGGUGGGAAUUCUCCUUGGAAUCAGCAUCUUUUUCAUCCUGAAAGAAAGGAAGGAAGUAAAGAAAUUGCACCAGGAAAAGAAGGACCAACAAGAAGAGAAAGCCUGGAAGAAAGCCCACAUAUAUGCUGACUGGAGAAAGAAACAUUUUCAGGCAUUGAAUGUGACUCUGGAUCCAGCCUCUGCUCAUCCUGGCCUCACUGUCUCUAAGAAAGAGAACUCGCUGAAGGUGGGAAAUGCAGACAAGAGUAAAGAAGAAACCUUCAGUGUCCUGGGCCGGGAGGCCAUCACCUCUGGGAGAUAUUACUGGGAGGUGAAGGUGGAAAUGGGGGUUGGGAACAAAGCUACUUGGCGUCUUGGAAUUUGUAGGGACAAUGUAAACAGGAGUGGGUGGUUCAGAGAGUCCCCAGAAAUUGGGUUCUGGGUCGUAGGAUGCUUUGAAGGGGUAUUUCAGUCAAUGAUUGGUAAACACUUAGAGUAUCCAUCCCUGGGGAAGCCCCCAGAGCAGAUAGGUAUAUUCCUGGAUUAUGAGGCAGGAGACGUCUCAUUUUACAACAUGACAGAUGGGUCUCACAUCUACACCUUCCCCCCAGCCCCCUUCUCUGGGCCUGUGCACCCAUACUUUAGUAUUCAGACCCUCGACACAUCUUUCACCAUCUGCAGUGUGUCAGACAGAACUGAGAGGACCCCUGCCCCUUCUCUGGAGACCCCGAUGGCCUCCCAAGAGCAGGGACGGCUUCUUGGUGACAAGGAACAGGCUCCAGAGGACAAAUCUACCACAACACAAAGCCAUUCUCCACCUCAUUAUGAGCCUGUUUCCCACGAUACAAAGUAA